AUGACACUGUACUUCUCAGACUCCCCACAGCACCCGGCGCUGCUCAUCUGUGAGUUGUGCCGCUUGUUCUAUGACAACAAUUGGGUCACUGGCACUGGUGGUGGUAUCUCCAUCAGAGACGUCGAUGGGCCAAACCCCAAUAUCGUCUACAUCGCUCCCUCGGGCAUUCAAAAAGAGCGUUUGAAACCAAAGGAGAUGUUUGUUGCGGAGUUGCCAGGCAAGAUCUUGAGAACGCCUAACGAUGAAUGUACUGGUCAGCCCUUGUCGGCAGACUUGGCCAAGGAUUUCAAGUACAAGCCCUCUGCGUGUACGCCACUCUUUCUCAGCUGUUACAACUUGAGAGACGCUGGCGCAUGUAUUCACACUCACUCACAAAACGCAGUGAUGGCAACUUUGAUUUUUGAGGACAAGGUGGAGUUCAGCAUGAGCCAUAUCGAACAGAUCAAGGCCUUGCCACAGCUUGCUGCCAACCCAGAGACAGGCAAGAUUGAAAAAGUUGGCAGCAUGCAAUAUUAUGAUACGAUGGUGCUUCCAAUCAUUGAGAAUACACCUCAUGAGGAAGACUUGACCGACACCUUGCAGAAGGCAAUCAAGGACUACCCCAACGCCACUGCUGUGUUGGUGCGUCGUCAUGGUAUUUAUGUAUGGGGUGAGAACGUCUGGAAGGCUAAGGUGUACAAUGAGGCCAUCGAUUACUUGCUCGAAUUGGCAAUCAAGAUGCACCAGAACGGCAUUCCUCUCGUCAAAAAGUGA